AUGGCGCCCCCUCGGUCAAACCGGGCUCCAGCCUCUGCUCCUAAGGGACCGUCUCGGGGCGGUAUCCAGAAGCGUGGACGGGCAGGACGGGUUGAUCAGGACGGUGAUCUUGAUAUGGACUCUGCUGCGGCUCGCCGUGCUGGCAGACCUGCCCGGAACGAACCGACCGCCGCUCGCCCUCAACGGGGCGCCCGAACAAAUGCUGCCCCUGCUAAAAGCUCGGCACGAAACCACCAGGCUAUCGCCCGCCAUCUUGAUGGCGAGGGCGCGGACCUGAUCACCAAGAAGAAAGCACAAUCCGGUCCACUCGUUUGGCUAGAUGUCAAGGGGUUGAAGGAGAGCAAGGCUUCGAGGAACAGGGAUGGUGGAAUCAGAGACCUCAUCUCGUUCAUAGAGCGCAAGGCGCAGAGCGCUGGUCAGAGGACCAAGGGUGUCAUGGUCUUGAAGGGAUGCCGAAUGGUCCAGCUGGACCUCGUCAAAACGCCACGUUCGCCGCGACGCACGAGACAACAGCCCUCGUCCAUACCGGCUGCUUAUGCCCGAAUCUUUCCCCUCGCGCACAAACUCGUGAGUGACAUCGUCCAGAUCGCCGCCACCAAGGAGAACGCCGAAGAGUUUAUUAAGGUGAACGGCUUCGUGUUUGCCGGUGCCAAGCUCGAAAUCACCGACUCGGGCGGCUCUCUCGCUAAAGCCACCGAAGCCUCAGCAGCAGCACAGGACCUCAAGUCUAAACUUACCAACAUCAUGUCACAGCGUUACCUAACUGAGAACAAACUCUUGAAGCUUGACGCCUUGAACCAAGACCAGCAGCUCGUUGAAAUGGGCGUUCUUGAGUCCAAGGAUCGAGCUGAAAAGCUCGUGAAGGUCAUGAUGAAAAUCUGUGACGACCUCUUCAAGACGCCCAAGGACAAGAUGGACAACAUCCACAGCAUCAGUCUCGCAAAUAAUGGCCUCGACGGUGUCGCCCAAGUCGAGGACAUUGCAGAGACAUUCCCAGACCUCCUCAACCUCGACCUCAGCGGUAACAAAAUUGCUACUCUGUCUGGUCUCAUGCCAUGGAAGGGCAGGCUUCGCAAGUUGGAUACGCUCUACAUAACCGACAACCCUAUCGACAUUGCCGAUCUCAAGGUCCAAGCAGCGUUGCUGAAGUUCUUCCCCAAGCUCACCAACAUCAACGGACAGCAAUUCACACCUGAACACCUUGCCGAGUUGCAAAAGUUUACGAGACCACGCCCUAUUCCUCAACACGGCCCCGAUUUCCGCGACGCUAACGGGAUUGGCGAGAGCUUUCUGUUGGAGUUUUUCGUGGGAUUCGACACAGAUCGCCUUGGUCUACUGGCAAAGUACUACGACGACGACAGUCAAUUUUCUCUCGCCGUGGAUACGAACUCAAUCCGCGACAAGGACGCGCCGCAGCCAAUGUCCUGGUCAGCAUACAUUCCUAAGUCGAGGAAUCUGACCAGGAUCACGACCACUGCCGCGCGAGAAACGCGUCUUCUCAGCGGUCGUGAGAUAAUUCUCAAGACUUGGAACGAGCUGCCAUCUACAAAGCACCCCGACAUCAAAGCUGAUACUACCAAGUACAUUAUGGAUUGCCAUCUUCUUCCGGGCCUGGGUGACCCGACAGGCCAGACGGGUGCUUCUCUAGAUGGUAUGGUGCUCUCUGUCCAUGGGCAGUUUGAAGAAAUGGACAAGGCGUCCAAUCAGCCAGGCCUCCGCAGCUUCUCGCGAAGCUUUGUUCUCGGUCCUGGGCGUCCAGGCAACAACCCCAUUCGCGUUGUCAGUGACAUGUUGUCUUUGCGAGCCUGGAAUGCCUUGCCAAAUGUGUUCGUCGCUGCUGCUGCUACCUCCGCCGCCGCGCCGCCGCGCGUUCCGGCCCAAGAGCAAGAGCUCCGUCAAGCGAAGAUCCUGGAGCUAUGCAAGCAAACCUCAAUGACACCCGUCUACUCGGAAAUGUGUCUCAACGACACUGCCUGGGACUUCGAUCGCGCACUGGCCGUGUUCAAUGAGAAGAAGGCACAGCUUCCUGCCGAGGCUUUCGCUGUGGUGUAG